UCGUCCGAGCCCUGCAUUUGGGUCCUACUCCCGUUCCGAUGGGCCGUGACAGAACGAUCUGGCCAAAACAGGACCCAGCAGGAAAGACCCGGCGUCGCCGGGACCGACGCAAAUUAGACCGUCUACCGGAGAACCAAGCCUGUCCAAUCCGGGUAGGCUCCUUGACGUCCUCCGCUUCCGUGUCUUAUGCUCCGCCAGCGAGCUAUGAAUACGUCCCGACCACGACCUCUCCGGCUCCGCAUAUUCUUCUGGACUCUGACUUUUCGGAAUAUGAGGAGGACCGUGAUUUGUAUGACCAGCUGGCUGAGUACGACUCCGAUGAUUUUUAUUAUGAAUCUCUUUGCCCGGUCUUUCAUCCCAGUCAGUUUGUUUCACCUCCGCGCGUUUCCAGCACCCGAGCGUCUUUGCCCGGUAGGUCCGAGUACACUAACCCGUUUGUGGGAACCAGCUUGGCCAUCUACCCGGGACCUCCGCGUGGCGGCCAGAGGAGACGCCCCGGCCGGGCGCUCCCUUGUGCCUCCCCACUGCGCGGCGACUAAGACACCGUCCUCCCACUCCUCGCCGGCAACGGCGAAACCGGCAGAUCCGCAGCCGGUGGCGAAGCUUCCAGCCCAGAGGGAGGAGGAGCCACCAAAUCACGAGGUGUUCUGCCGCGAAAUGCGGCCGCAGAUAGAACGGCAGAGCGCUGAAUUGGCAGCUCUCACGGCCCAGGUCCGGCAAGGACUGGCGAACCAGCCGAGCUACGCUAACGUCGCAACGGCGACGGACUCGCUGCUGACGCAGAUUCACACUGCAGUGGGAACGGACCCGCCACCUCGCCAAGUGCCCGUUGCAGUGGGAACGGACCCGCCACCUCGCCAAGCGCACGUAGCUGUGGAAACUGACCCGCCUCCUCGCCAUUCCCACGUCGAGGUUUUGGCUGUUCCGAGCAGAGCUCACGCAGCAGUUGGAACUGACCCGCUCCCGAGACACGCCCACGUGUCAGUUUCGACUGACUCUCUGCCGACUCUCGUUCACGUCGCCCUGGAAACAGACCUGCCACCGCGCCACGCCCACAUUGCUGUUUCAACGAAUGCACUGCAAGCUCACGUGGGACUGGGGACCGACCCGAUGCCGCCUCACGUUGCUGUCCAGGAGGUGGCGACGUCUCCACAGCCGCUUCUCGUCCCUGCCCUGGAGUACCAGUGGCGACCGGCCCGCGGUCGCUCCCAGUUCCUGCUUCGUCUGCGACCGGUCCGCGGUCGCUCCCAGUUCCUACUUCGUCGGCGACCGGUCCGUGGUCGCCCCCCGUUCCUGCUCUGUCGGCGACCGGUCCGCGGUCGCCCCCCGUUCCUGCUCUGUCGGCGACCGGUCCGCGGUCACUUCCCAUUCCUGCUCUGUUGGCGACGGGCACGCCCAUAUGUUCCCGUCCAGUAGGUGGCGACGGUGCCACCGCCUUCUCAUAUUGCUGUCCAGGAGGAGGUGGCGAUGGUGGCACUGACGCUGCCUUUUCAUGUUGCCGUCCAGGAGGAGGUGGAGUUGGUGAUGCUGCCUCCGCCUUCUCACCUUCCUGUCCAGGAGGUGGGGAUGGCGCCGCUGCCUUCUCUUGUUCCCGUCCAGGAGGAGGUGGUGAGGAUGAUGUCGCUGCCGCCUCACGUUGCCAUCCAGGGGGAGGAGGUCGCGAUGUUGCUGCCGCCGCCUUCUCACGUUCCCGUCCAGGAGGAGGUCUCUAUGUCGCUGCCGCCUGGGAGCCAUGCCUUUGAGGGGGGGGGGGGGGGGGGGUACCGUGCGGGUGCCCGUGCGGUUGCGCUGAUUGGUAGGCGCACACCUGCGCCUCAUGCGGGCUGAUUAUCCUGUGUAAUUAUACGACGACUGGUCCACGCCAGAUCGUUUAGCUUCAUGCCCCGUUCGAGUACUUCCGUAUCCCUGAUCGUCAACCCGUGUGUACCGACCUCUCCUGUUCUCCGACCGACCCCGUAAGCCUGACUCCUUUGACACUUCUGCCUGCUUUGAUCGUUCUCCCAUGUACCGACUCCUGCCUGCCCGCUGACCUGCUCUCUUCGCCCGACGUCCCAACUACUGCUGCUGCACCUGACUGCCUGCUCGAUCCCCGACCACGGAAUAAUAAACGUUUCUCCCCGAACUACCUUGCAUCGUCCGAGCCCUGCAUUUAGGUCCUACUCCCGUUCCGAUGGGCCGUGACACUAUUUAUGGAUAACUAUUCGCUAGCAGCACAGUGGAUCAACUGUAAAGUGUUGGCCUCACAGUUCUAAGGUCCAGGGUUCGAUCCCGGCCCUGCGUAUGUGGAGUUAGCAUGCUCUCCCCGUGCCUGUGUGGGUUUUCUCCGGGCACUCCGGUUUUCUCCCACAUUCCAAAAACAUCAACAUUAAUUGGACACUCUAAAUUGCCCCUCGGUGUGAUUGUGGGGGUGACUGUUGUCCUGCCUGUGGAUAGCUGGGAUAGGCUCCAACUCUUCCGCGGCCCUCGUGAGGAUAAGGGGCUAAGAAAAUGGAUGGAUGGGUAUUCACUAGCAUUUUUUCAUGUUGGAAGAAGUCUUGCAGCGCAGCAAUCAAUAUAUUAAAAAAAUAAAAAAAUCAACAAUCCGUUUUUUCCAUAUUCAGCAUUAAUAAAAUAUUAAUUGAAAGAAGCUUAUCAAUAUGUCAUCCAGCGCUAAUUGCAACAUCUAUGAUUCCCAGCACGUUGAUAUUGGUCAGUGGAGACUUCUAUCUUGCUUUGCUCGCUCAUCAAUAACAGUGAUGCUUCAAACAACAUGCAAGUGCAGGAAACAAAACGCUGUACCUCCUUCAUGGAAGCUACCAUUUUGCAGAGAGGUUUGAAUGCAGAUGUUUUUGUUUGGUUAUAUGUUGUGUAUUGUAUUACCAUUAGAAUUUUAUAUUUUAUGUACAGCAUUUUGGUACAGCUACAGCUGUUGUGAAAGUACUAUAUAAAUGAAAUUCAGUUUAGUUGAGAAAUUAUUUGGAAGGUAUACAAUUUUGGAACUGAACAUAAAGAUAACGAGAGGUAAAAAUUAAAGGCCUGGUUAUAUUUAAGGCUGUGUCCAUCCAUCCAUUUUAUAGCUUGCUGUUGCAUAUUUACAGUUGGUGACACGUUUGAUUGAGCACAGACUACCCAGCCGGAGGGCACAGACUCCCCACUUCAACAUACUGUACAGACGAAUGGGGCUGUGUUGGUGAAGGGACAAAAAAGCACAUGUGGGCAUGAACCUAUUCACACACACAAAUAACAUGAUUUUUGACAUGUAAAAUGAUUUCAAUGUGUUUAUAGUUUGACAAUAUUUGGACGUUAAAUGUUGAAAAAUGUUACAACCUAUAAUGUAGUGCAUCUGUUGAAAAUCUACCAUUCUGCACACACAAAUGUUAUUGAGAUUAAAGCAUUCAACCAAAACUGUCAUGCUCCUGGCAUCCUCCCCAGGCUGGGUGUGGUCAGCCAAUUGGUCGGCACACACCUGCACCCUGGUUUGGCUUAUAGGACACGGGGGACAACUAGUCCGCCGCCAGAUCGUUGAGCUUCAUGUCCCGUUCCAGCACUCUCGUAUCCCUGAUCGACAACCUGUGUGUACCGACCUUCGCCUGUUCUCCGACUCACCCCACCAUCCAAGUAAGCCUGCCUCUUCUGC